AUGACAUCAGUAGACACAGGAAUCUCAACUUCACUAAUGACAUCAGUAGACACAGGAAUCUCAACUUCACUUUUGACAUCAGUAGACACAGCAAUCUCAACUUCACUCAUGACAUCAGUAGACACGGCAAUCUCAACUUCACUAUUGACAUCAGUAGACACAGGAAUCUCAACUUCACUAAUGACAUCAGUAGACACAGCAAUCUCAACUUCACUAAUGACAUCAGUAGACACAGCAAUCUCAACUUCACUAAUGACAUCAGUAGACACAGCAAUCUCAACUUCACUUUUGACAUCAGUAGACACAGCAAUCUCAACUUCACUUUUGACAUCAGUAGACAUAGCAAUCUCAACUUCACUUUUGACAUCAGUAGACACAGCAAUCUCAACUUCACUUUUGACAUCAGUAGACACAGGAAUCUCAACUUCACUAAUGACAUCAGUAGACACAGCAAUCUCAACUUCACUAAUGACAUCAGUAGACACACCACCAAACUACUGCCACUAUUACAUCAAAGAUUAA